AUGGGUCUACCAAUCCAGAGAUCAUUUGAGGGACUUCUGAGAUCUCUCGUAUUUGGAAUUAUCAGUGCAAAGCCAAGUCUCUUGAAGAAUUCGCCGUCGAGUCUUGUUUCAACAUCGAACCCCCUGCCAGCAACCUUUAAAUUCGGACACAUAUUUAGCUCCAUAACAAAGAAUGCUGUUCCAGUCAACAUUUGUUUCUUCAUCGAUGGGCUGGAUGAAUAUGAGGGCGAUCGUGCAAGGCUGUUCCAACUGAUAGAAGACAUAACAUGUCUCCCUUACGUCAAGAUCAUUGUCUCUAGCAGACCAUGGGCUGCGUUUGAGAAUUCGCUCGGCAGUUCUCUUGAAACGAAACUAUCUAUGGAAGAGGUCAAUCGAGGCGAUAUCAGCAAAUAUAUCGCAUCUCACUUGGAUAGAAGUCCUUUACAGAAGAAUAAGAACUGUUCGAAGUACAAGGAUCUUGAUCUCGAGUCUCUCACUGCUCGAGCACAGGGUGACUUCCUCUGGGCAAUUUUGGUAAUUCAUUUUCUCCUUGAGGAUCCGUCUCCUUUGGUUGACGCCUGCAACCGAGCAGAAAACGUUCAAGAGACCCCUUGCAACUUAUCAGGCCUAGCGAAGAUUGUGGUAGAAUCCUCGAACUCACAAUCUUAUGGGAAAGCUGCUGAAUAUCUGACAAUCGUUUGCGAAGCAAGGCGAUGCCUAGCAGCCGAAAUUAUCUUCUUUCAUGACCACGACUUUGCCAAUGAUAUGUACGCUUUUUUGACACCAACGAAUCUUUUAUCGCCCAAUGACGAAGAAACAAAAGAGCUACACCGCCAGGUUCAACGUGACAUCUUGCAGACAUGUAAAGGACUGUUGGAAGUUGUCGAUGGCCAAGUUGUGUUCGGGCAUCGAGCUGUUUCGGAAUUAAUGCAUUCUGAAGAAUUUCGUAACCUUUUACUCACAAAAGUUCGGAAAGGUUUCGAUCCUGAUCUCUCAAUCUUCAAAGCAUCAGUUUCUUGGUUCAAGCGCAAACGUUUCAGGAGCGGCGAAUUCGUCGACUUACAGCCCGAACCUGUAGCGGUCAGCUUAGCAUAUGUAAAGAGCCUUUCAAAAUUUCAUAAGAAACUAGGAAGCGCCUUGCCGGAUUUUCAGGGUACAAACAAUCAACCAGUUGACAUAUACUGGAUGAGCAAGGCUGUCAACAUCCGAGGAGGCUUUGACAACGUAUGCAAACACGAAAGAUGGCUGGAUGUCGCCAAAGACUUGGGAUAUAGUGAGGAUACUGCAACUUCAGUUUCAGACCCUCUCAAGAUACUGUAUAAGCGAUGGCUUCAUCCGUACGAAGAGCACCUGCACCAAAAGAAGCUAGAAGAACACGACCCUAUGAGAGAUAUUGAAGACCUUGCUGAGAGCUUGAGGAACUGUCUUGAAUCUGCACGCCGUUGCGACCAAAAGGAAAAUACUGUCGCCACAACUUGGGCACUCCUUGACAACGUUGAAGAAAGUCUGUUGUCCAUGAUUGCGAGGAAUCAAUUCAACAUAUCGGAUCUGUCUAUGGCAAGGGGCAUUUUCCGUCAUCUGGUGAUUGAAUCUGGUGUCCAGAGAUACAUCGCGAACAAGCUUUGGAUUGAUCCGGUAUAUUGUGACAACAAAUAUUCACAGAAAUAUCGAUCACCUCUGUGUUCUGCCCUUGGAGUGGCACCGCAUAACCUUCAUCCCGCGCAUCUGAGUCUAGAGUCUAUUGAUAGAUCGCUCGUCAAAUCUCUUCUUGCUCUUGGGCAUAAGCCAAAUAAGUUUCACCAUGCCGGGGAGACACCCUGGGUAUCUUUUGUGAAUACCCAUGUUCCUGACACAUUGUCCAAUUCACCCCCAUGGCUCGACGAAAUAAACAUCAGUUUGAUAAAUGAGAUAUCCAUUUUCAUGCUUGAACAUGGAGCCAGGCCAGGAGACCAUGUCGAACUUCUUGAUAAGAAAUCGAGGACGUGGAAAGUUCCAGUUUGGUUCAAGUUUCUCAUAAUGACCCAUUGGGUACCAAAGUCUCAACAACAUGUGUUCGAACGUGUUUUCAGUAUGAUGUUGGAGAUUUCUUCAGUUGUUUCAGAGCCCAGAGCACUACUGGAACUCAAAUCUGAUGGCGAAACCUAUGAAUGGAUUCCUUUUCCAUUAUGGACAAUCUGCACUGACAAUUUUGCACUACCUAACGUGUCAGGUUCUAGCCCAUCUGAUGCUGAAUUUGUAUUCAGGGUAUUUAUAGGAAUUUGUGAAAAGAAUUUGGAUGACUUGGAAGUAUCUGAAAGGUCUCGAAAAUACCUUUCGAAUUACUUCCUCCCAGAAUACCCAGAGCUUGCAAGACAAAUACUGAUGCCCAUUCCCGGAAGUGACUCCAGGACGAUGGGUUUUACGACAAUCAGCUCGUUACCGCGGGAUAUAAAUACAGAGAGCAUAAGUUGCCGGGAUUAUACGGUCGCGACUUCACUUGAGAUUCCAGAAGGUAUCGAGAUGGGAUCUCAUAAAGAUGCAGAUUCCAGUGACAUGAGGGUACAGAUGAAUGCAUCCGUUGACGAGGCCGGCUCAAUUCAGUCAAUUGAUGAGGACAUUCAGUCAUGCAACAGUAGCAUUGCGCGAACCCCUGGUAUCAUCGCCGCUGAGCGCCAAAUAAGUGACCUACUCUCUCGGCAUCCAGAUCUUCGCUUUAUCCUUGAUAUAUCCUCAGAAUUCAUGCCAAAGGAGAGACUCCAGCGCAACAUUCGGAGGUCACUCAAACUUUUGUAUCUGAAACUCAGAGAACAUACCGAAAGAGACAUUCAGAUCCAGGUUUUGACGACUCGAAUGCUCAAAGGGCGAGGCUCAAGGACAAGAAUCUCAAAAAGAACCAUUGAUGAUGAGUUAAAAUUCUCACUUCCAAAGAAUGACAACGAAGAAGAGAUACGCCCGAGCUUCCGGAAGGAUCGAGCUUAUCUAAACAAUUGGAUCUUAAAAACGGAACUAUCUGCGAGACCAGAUGAGAAGCCCCAGCAGCCGGCAGAUGAGGCUGAUGAUAAGAAUCUGACAGAAAGUGACGACGACAUGUGUGAAGAAAGAGAAAGUAAUUCGGAAGAAUUCCAAGCAGUUCAAGUCGCAGAAGAAUUCCUCAUGAAUGGUCCUCCUUUCCAGGCGUUCUUGACGCAUCUUGGACUCUCAUUACUACCUGAUACACUCAGACAAGUCAUGCAAUUAGCUUCCUGGGAUACAAUCAAACUGAUUGAUACCCCAACUGACGUUGCAAUUUCUGAUCGGAUCAAAUCUUCCGUGGAGGAGUUGACAGGCAGCCCCUGGCAUUGGUGGCCGUUAAAAUCACCAGAGGUACCUUUGCGAAGAGGCUACGUGCGAAUGAACUGGCGUUGCCAUUGUGGCAAGCCAUCCUGGGUAGAUAUUACUCCUUCUCAAGCACGAGUUAUUGAGAGAAUGAUCAAGAACCCUACCACGUUCGCUGAAGACCAUUGCAAGGUCACUCAUACCAGGCGAAAUGCCUUCCAAAGGGUCACGGCAUGGUUCAAAUGGAACUCUGGAACCCUUUUGCCUGUUGCGACGCCAGUAUCCCAAGACAGUCAACAACCGUCCGGUGUAGGCGGCAAUAACCGAGUCCAACAGGGGGUGGCUACUAUAGAACAGAACAACAUCCCGCCUCUGACUAUUGAUGAUCUGAGGAUCUUAUUCGGUGUACCCAUGGGGCUUAAGACGCUACAUGUGAUCCCAAUUCCGGUCAAUCAACCAGACAGCAAUGUCUUCCCACAAUUGAAGGCCGAGUAUAGAAGAAUUCGAGGUCGAUGGAGAGCUUGGUUCUCUUUCUGGCAGCUCAGUCACUGCAAUUUCGUGAAGUUUGAGAGCAUUACCCGCAACAUUGUUGUCGCUUGUGGUCAAGAUCUGCCAAAAGCUAGCGACCUGGACUACGAUUAUACGCCAAAGCCACCUCAAGCAUCAAUACCACCUGUUCACCCACACGUCUUUGAAGCUGCUUUUAACAGCUGCAUUGGGGGUAAAUGUCGAAACCCCUCUCCUUUUCAUGACUGCUACGAGUUUGAAGAAACGACUUACAUAAAGCGAAUUCCGAAGAAAAAGACACCACUUUCCCUGGGAGCGAUUGACAUCCCCAUUUGGGGGCUCGAGGCCCGGCAUUGCAUCUCGUGCUUUCAUGUUAUAAUAUACCACUUGCUUAUUCUUGUUCCUCCUUUUGUGUUGUGGGGAUGGUGGAUGAGUAGGCAUCCCGAUGACAUACAGAGCGCAUCUGUCCCCAUGACUAUUGUUUUGGCAAUGAUUUCCAUGUUUUGGAGUGCUACUGGCAUUAUGAAGCAAUUUCGUGGCGAGCCAUAG